AAAACACGUAAUGUAAUAAAGUAUAAACUCGUCAAAUAGAGCUCUGUAAUCUGUUCUUCCUUUCUUCCAGUUCCAUCCACAGAAAAUCGAAUGGUUGAUCAGAUUCAGAUCCAGACGAUGAAUCAAGUUCUAGAAGAACCAAUGGCGGAGUUCAUGCCAAGUGUCAUAACGGCAAUGUCGUAUCUCUUGCAAAGAGUGUCAGAGACCAACGACAGUCUGAGCCAGAAACAGAGGAUCUCAGGCUUCCAUGCAUUAACCAAACCCUCGAUCUCAAUUAGAAGCUAUCUCGAGAGGAUCUUCAAGUACGCGAAUUGCAGCUGUUCGUGUUACAUAGUCGCGUAUAUAUACUUGGAUCGGUUCGUGAAGAAGCAGCCAUUUUUGCCCAUCAAUUCCUUUAAUGUUCAUAGGCUUAUAAUCACAAGUGUCUUGGUCUCUGCUAAAUUCAUGGAUGACUUGUGUUACAACAAUGGAUAUUAUGCUAAAGUUGGAGGAAUCAGCAGAGAAGAGAUGAACAUGCUUGAGCUUGACUUCUUGUUCGGAAUAGGGUUUCAGUUAAACGUCACCGUCUCUACUUUCAAUAACUAUUGCUCUUUUCUACAGAGAGAGAUGGUGAUGUUGAUGAAGAUGAAGUCUCUGUUUUUAGAACCUUCUCUCUCAUUCAGAAGCUCUAUUAAGACGAAGCUUGUGAUGAAUCCUCUCGAAGAAGACUCAUUAUCCACUCAUCACAACAAGAAGCAACUCGCUGCUGCUUGAUCUUAUAUUAUGCAUAGAUCAGGUUAAUAUCACGUUCUGAUGUAAACCAAUUCAAAUCUAUCGUUAUAUUCGA